AUGAAAUUGCUGUGGAGAGCUAAAAUGACCACAAUUCAAGAUGAAGGUGAAGAAGUAGAAGAGGGAGCUGUUUACCAUGUCACCCUGAAAAGAGUGCAGAUUCAGCAGGCUGCCAGCAAAGGAGCAAGAUGGCUUGGGGUGGAAGAGGACCAGUUACCUUCAGAACAUACUGUCAGCCAGAUUGAAACGUACAAGAUCAGGACAAUUAAAGCUGGAACUUUGGAGAAGCUUGUGGAGAACCUUGUGACAGCUUUUGGGGAUAAUGAUUUUACCUAUAUCAGUAUCUUCCUCUCAACAUACAAAGCGUUUGCUUCUACUAAGGAAGUACUGGAACUUCUCCUUGACAGAAAUGAAAACCUGGAGACCUCGAGCUGUGAAGAGAUUGAGAGUGAGAACUCCUCCGAAUACAAAACCGUGCUCAGGACUGCGAUAGCAUCAAUCUUAAGCGCCUGGCUCGAUCAGUGUUCUGAGGAUUUCAGAGAGCCACCCGACUACCCAUGUUUGCUGAAGUUGCUGCAUUACCUGAAGAGGAACAUGCCUGACUCUGACCCAGAGAGGAGGGCACAGAACCUCUUGGAGCAGUUCCAGAGCCAAGAAGUGGAGAACGACUGUGACAACUUCAUUAAUAUUACCUUCUGUGACCUGGAUCAUAAAGAGGAACUGGAGAUCCAGUGUGAAGAAGAUGUAGAAUUCUCUUCUUUCCAAGAGGACCUAGUGGCAGAACAGUUGACAUAUAUGGAUGCUAAACUCUUCCAGAAAGUUGUUUCCCACCACUGUUUGGGAAGCAUCUGGUCUCGAAGGGACAAGGAAGAAAACAAGCACCUGGUACCUACCAUCAGAGCCACCAUCGUUCAGUUCAAUGCAGUUACCAAUUGUGUUCUCAGCACUAUCAUGAAGAACAGGGAACUCAAAACACAUCAAAGAGCCAAGAUUAUUGAGAAGUGGAUUCAUGUUGCACAUGAAUGUAGGAUGAUGAAGAAUUUUUCCUCCUUGAGGGCCAUCAUUUCAGCACUGCAGUCCAACUCCAUCUUUCGGCUAAAGAGGUCCUGGGCAUGUGUUGCAAAGGAUGCAGUGCUGCUCUUGGAGGAGCUGUCUGAUACUUUCUCAGACCAUGACAACUAUAUGACAACUAGGGAGCUGCUGAUGAAGGAAGGAACGUCCAAAUUUGCAAAUUUGGACAGCAGCGUGAAAGAAACCCAGAAAAGGACACAGAGACGGCUGCAAAGUCAAAAAGAUAUGGGGGCAAUGCAAGGCACGGUUCCUUACCUUGGUACCUUCCUCACUGAUCUCAUCAUGCUUGACACAGCCCUUCAGGACUAUGUUGAGGGUGGCCUGAUAAACUUUGAGAAGAGGCGAAAGGAAUUUGAAGUCAUUGCCCAAAUUAAGCUGCUGCAAUCUGCGUGCAACAGCUACUGCUUGACACCAAACCAAAAAUUCAUCCAGUGGUUCAGGAGACAGGAGCGUUUAACUGAGGAGGAGAGUUUCAGCCUUUCACGGGAGAUUGAAGCAGCUGCUGACAUCAGCACCACACCACCCAAACCUCGGAAGAGCGUGGUGAAGAGGCUCAGCCUACUCUUAAUGGGCUCCGAGGCGCUCGCCCACAGCACACCCGUCAAAGGCAAACCCAACUUCACGCGUGGUGGGAGCUGUGGGGAGAGCACUGACUCGGCCAGCAUAUCCUCCUCUGAGCUCAACAACUCUGAAGCUGAGGAGCUCGUUGAAGCCUCUGGCCCCACGGACUCCUGCGACCCCUCCCACUCCUGCGACCCCUCCCACUCCUGCGAUUCUUCGUCCUCCUGCGACCCCUCCCCCUCCUAUGAUCCUUCUGACUCCUGUACCCCUUACCCCUCCGGCAACGCCUCCCCCUCCGGCGACCCUUCGCCCUCCGGUGACCCCUUCAGUUCCUCUCCACAUCCCGAAGAAAAGAGCCCUGUCCCUGUGAAAAGAAGUACCCCAAAAGCUCCUCUUUACAACCAUCAAGGAGAGGACAGCUGCAUUAUCAGGGUCAGCGUAGAAGAGGGCAAUGGAAAUAUGUACAAGAGCAUCCUGGUAACAAACCAAGAAAAAACUCAGGCAGUCAUGCAGAAGGCAAUGUGUAAACAUAACCUGGAGGCUGAGGCACCUGAGAAUUAUGAGCUUGUCCAGAUCAUCUCUGAGGACAAAGAGCUUGUGAUGCCACCCAAGGGGAACGUGUUCUAUGCCAUGAACAGCCAGGCUGUAAAUUACAACUUCGUUCUUCGUAAAAGGCCACCACUCUCCAGCCAGGAAAAAAAGAAGGGGCUCUCCAACCUGCGACUCCACAUGAAAGCCUCAAGGUCAUCAUGGAAUCUGUAG